AUGGCCGCAAGCAACGACCCGCCCAAGCUGAGCCUGUCGACGAUCGCCGCCAAGCUGCUCACCGGCGUCCACCAGGCCCCGCCCGAGGUGGCCCGCGCGCGCUGGACCCAGAAGAGCCCGCUCGACCCGCCCCGGCCGCUGCCCGCCGCUGCCGCCCCCGCCCGCUCGGUCGCCGCCUCCGUCUUCGCCGCCGCCCGCCAGGAACGCUCCGCCCAGCGCAGCCACCGCCCGCUCGGCCCGGCUGCCCCCAGCAUCUACCACCACCGCUCCCACACCGAGUUCGACAUCGGCUCGGCCCCCGCCGUCAUGCGGCGCGGAGACACGCAGGAGGAGGAGGAGCUCGAGGACCUGGCGCUGCUCGGGCUGCUCCAGCACCCCAUCGGGCGCCCCCAGGCCAAGGAGAACGAGCCCCCCCGCGAGCGUAACCCGCCCCGUCCCCAUGCCCGCCACCCCCGCCCAUCCUCCCUCGGCCCCUCCCCACAUCCCCCAGCACACCCCUUCCUUCCCCACCCCGCCCUAAACAGUCCUUCCAAACCUCACAACCCGAUGCGCGACCUCUAUCUCUCCCAGGUCGGCGGCCAGGACGGGAAGAUCGAGAGCGAGAAGCAGCGGGUGGACCGCGAAUUCGAAAAGCUGCUCGACACGAUGCAGAUCACCGAUGCGGUCCGACAGAAGAUGGUAGGACUCGACCACCCCGUGAAAGCGGCGAUGCUGAAGUCGUCCACCUCCGCAUCGCUCAUGAAGCUCAUGAGUAUCUCCGAGCCCGUCGUCACCGGGCGCGGGGAAACAGCGGUGAUGGUGGGCGAGGAGGCCUCGUCGAAGCAGGAAGGAUCGGCGUGGUGGGCCAUGUACCUCAAGUCGCACAACUUCCGCGAGCUCCAGGCCGCAGACCUCAAGAAACUCCGCGUCGCUCUCCGCACCAAGCCCCCCGAAUGGUCCAAAGAACUCAUCGGCUUCGGCGGAUACAACGCCCUCCUCAAGCGGCUCAAGGAGCUCGUCGAAAUCGAGUGGAGAGAGGAGCAACAUGACGACCAGGUCUUGCACGAGAUCCUCCGAUGCUUCAAAGCCCUAUUACUCACAGAACCGGGCCGGAAGGCGCUAGCAUCGCGGCUUCCGGACCCGUUCAUCCAACUGACGGGACUGCUGUACUCGGAGAAGAAGCCGGGCGACCUGACGACGCGGCAAGUGUUGGUCGAGAUCAUUGGGGGCGUCUUCGAGCUGGAGGGCUAUCUGGCGGCGCGGCCGAUGGACGCCAGCAAGCUGGACUGGGCCGCCCCCAUCACCCUCGAGCCCUCCCCCGGCCACCCUUCCCACUCCCACGACGACGAACAAGCUGCGAAGGAACCGCUCCCCUCCGCACACCACCUCCUCAGGAAACUCAUCAUCGGCCCACCCGACCUCAAAAAGGCUAACAUCGUCGACUUCGUCGCCCUCACCCAUCGCGUCCGGCCCUUCAAGACCUUCGUCACCGAGUUCAUCGGCGUCCUCAUGGACUACUUCUGGAUCUUCUGCCAUGCCGAGAACCAGUUCUGGGAUUUGAAAGCGAUCGACGAGGAGACGAUCGAGGCGCCGAAGGUGCCGAGCGGGAUGACGGGCGGAGUAGAGUACGAGGCCAUGUCGUACUGCACCUGUUUGAUGAAGCUUCUGAACCAGAUCAUCAAGACCGCCGCGAGCUCAGCAGACUCCAAGCAAAUCUUCCAAGAACUAUUCGAGAGCGGCUUCGAGCGAUGUCUAGUAACGCUCCGGAAAAGUAGCGUCGAUUAUUACCCCAUGGUCCAUCUCGAACUCGCCCGGUUCAUCGCCCUCGGAAUUUCCCACCGGUUCGAGUUACCGUACAACAUCCUCAAAUACCUCAACGGAUACUCCGGCCACCCGCUCUGA